UUGGUGGUAUUUUGGAACUACUGACUGACCGGGCCUUUUUUCCACUCUGGGCAGGUUAAACAGUGGAUUUGGAAUGUUCAGGAAAUAUCCUAUCCCUUCCUAAAGAGAACCAGUAGCAUAGUAGACCCGGACUCUGAGCUCAGCUCUCCCACUUAACAGGGAUGGAAAGUCACCCAGUCUUUCUGAACACGUCCCUUCAUCUGUUAAAGACAGUACCAACCCACAAGUUAGUCAUGUAGAUAAGCGAAACGGUCUAGAGUCCUGAAAUAAAUCCACUAUAAAUGGAAAUAAAAUAUCUCAAUAAAACUGGAAAUAAAUAGUAUAAGUAAAUGGAACUAAUAUAUGACAAAGGUGUCAGCAAAAUUGUUUAUCUAUCCAGAAUAACCAUCUGGGAUGAAACAGAGCUAAACCUCUGUAUCAUAAAAAUGAAUUCUAAGUGGAAUAAUUAUUUGAAUACAAAAAAUAGUGUGAAUGUUAAAAGAAUAUUUAAUAAAUUUCAAUGUUCUUGGGCUGAAGAGAGACCUUCUUACUCAAGCUAGAAAAUCCAGAAUCCACAAGGGAAAAGGUAGAUAGAUUUGACCACGUAGUGAUUGCUGUUAUGACAGAAUAAAAAUAAAAAAGCAUAUGAAGCAGGUCAGGACAAAAGAUGGUGGGAAAAUAAUGUUUUUCCACAUAUGACUGAAGAUUUACAUUCCUGUUCCUUAAAAAGCCCUUAGAAAUUAAUAAGAAAAAGACAGUCCAGGGAAUUCCCUUGUGGUCCAGUGGUUAGGACUUGGCGCUUUCACUGCUGGGGCCCAGGUUCAGUCCCCGGUUGGGGAACUAAGAUCCCGCAAGCUGUGAGGUGCAGCCAAAAAAAAAAAAAAAAAAGAAAAAAGACGGUUCAAUAGAAAAGGGAGGGUAAACAAGAUAAACAAGCAGUUCACAGAAGAGGAACUACAAAUUUUCCAGUAAACAUCUGAAAAUAAUUUUCAGCCUGUGGGAAAUGCAAAUCAAAAUCACACAUUGACUUAGGCAAAGCAAAUGAACCCAAUCACAUGGAGCUGGGGCGCAAGGAUGAUGCCAAAGUUCACAAGAUGUUCCUGGACCCUACUGGCUCUCACCUGCUGAUUGCUCUGAGCAGCACUGAGGUCCUCUACGUGAACCGUAAUGGACAGAAAGUUCGGCCCCUGGCACGCUGGAAGGGGCAGCUGGUGGAGAGUGUGGGCUGGAACAAGGCCCUGGGUACUGAGAGCAGCACAGGCCCCAUCCUGGUCGGCACUGCCCAAGGUCAGAUCUUUGAAGCAGAGCUCUCGGCCAGCGAGGGUGGGCUUUUCGGCCCUGCCCCGGAUCUCUACUUCCGUCCGUUGUAUGUGCUAAACGAAGAAGGGGGCCCAGCACCUGUGUGCUCCCUCGAGGCGGAGCGGGGCCCUGAAGGGCGUGGGUUUGUCAUCGCCACCACUCGGCAGCGCCUCUUCCAGUUCAUAGGCCGAGCAGCCGAGGGAGCUGAGGCCCAGGGCUUCUCAGGGCUCUUUGCUGCCUACACUGACCACCCACCCCCAUUCCGUGAGUUCCCCAGCAGUCUGGGCUACAGUGAGUUGGCCUUCUACACCCCCAAGUUGCGCUCUGCGCCCCGGGCCUUCGCUUGGAUGAUGGGGGAUGGCGUGUUGUAUGGCUCGUUGGACUGCGGGCGUCCCGACUCCCUGCUGAGCGAGGAGCGGGUCUGGGAGUACCCAGAGGGGGUGGGUCCUGGGGCCAGCCCACCCCUGGCCAUCGUCCUGACCCAGUUCCACUUCCUGCUGCUGCUGGCGGACCGGGUGGAGGCGGUGUGCACGCUGACGGGGCAGGUGGUGCUGCGGGACCACUUCCUGGAGAAGUUUGGGCCGCUGAAGCACAUGGUGAAGGACUCCUCCACAGGCCACCUGUGGGCCCACACCGAGCGGGCCGUCUUCCGCUACCAGGUACAGCGGGAGGCCCGGGAUGUCUGGCGCACCUACCUGGACAUGAACCGCUUCGACCUGGCCAAAGAGUAUUGUCGAGAGCGGCCUGACUGCCUGGACACGGUCCUGGCCCGGGAGGCCGACUUCUGCUUCCGCCAGCAUCGUUACCUGGAGAGUGCCCGCUGCUACGCCCUGACUCAGAGCUACUUUGAGGAGAUUGCCCUCAAGUUCUUGGAGGCCCACCAGGAGGAGGCGCUGGCCGAGUUCCUGCAGCGAAAACUGGCCAGUUUGAAGCCUGCUGAGCGCACCCAGGCCACGCUGCUUACCGCCUGGCUGACGGAGCUCUACCUGAGCCGACUCGGGGCCCUGCAGGGUGACCCUGAGGCCCUGAACCUCUACCGGGAAACCCGGGAGCGUUUCCGCGCCUUCCUAAGCAGCCCCCGCCACAAGGAGUGGCUCUUCGCCAGCCGGGCCUCCAUCCACGAGCUGCUCGCCAGCCACGGGGACACAGAGCACAUGGUAUACUUCGCUGUGAUCAUGCAGGACUACGAGCGCGUGGUGGCAUACCACUGCCAGCAUGAGGCCUACGAGGAGGCCCUGGCUGUGCUGGCCCGCCACCGUGACCCCCAGCUCUUCUACAAGUUCUCACCCAUCCUCAUCCGUCACAUCCCUCGCCAGCUGGUGGACGCCUGGAUUGAGCUGGGCAGCCGGCUGGAUGCCCGGCAGCUCAUCCCUGCCCUGGUGAACUAUAGCCAGGGUGGCGAGGCCCAGCAGGUGAGCCAGGCCAUCCGCUACAUGGAGUUCUGCGUGAAUGUACUGGGCGAGACUGAGCAGGCCAUUCACAAUUACCUGCUGUCGCUCUAUGCCCGAGGCCAGCCAGCCUCGCUGCUGGCCUACCUCGAGCAGGCCGGGGCCAGCCCACACCGGGUACAUUAUGACCUCAAGUACGCGCUGCGGCUCUGUGCUGAGCAUGGCCACCACCAUGCUUGCGUCCAUGUCUACAAGGUCCUGGAGCUGUAUGAGGAGGCUGUGGACCUGGCCCUGCAGGUGGACGUGGACCUGGCCAAGCAGUGUGCUGACCUGCCCGAGGAAGAUGAGGAGCUACGCAAGAAGCUGUGGCUGAAGAUUGCUCGGCAUGUGGUGCAGGAGGAGGAGGAUGUGCAGACGGCCAUGGCCUGCCUGGCCAGCUGCCCCCUGCUCAAGAUCGAGGACGUGCUGCCUUUCUUCCCUGACUUCGUCACCAUCGACCACUUCAAGGAGGCGAUCUGCAGCUCGCUGAAGGCUUACAACCACCACAUCCAAGAGCUGCAGCGGGAGAUGGAAGAGGCCACGGCCAGCGCCCAGCGCAUCCGGCGAGACCUGCAGGAGUUGCGGGGCCGCUAUGGCACCGUGGAGCCCCAGGACAAAUGUGCCACCUGCGACUUCCCCCUGCUCAACCGCCCUUUUUACCUCUUCCUCUGUGGCCACAUGUUCCACGCUGACUGCCUGCUGCAGGCCGUGCGGCCUGGCCUGCCGGCCUACAAGCAGGCUCGGCUCGAGGAGCUACAGCGAAAGCUGGGCGCCGCUCCACCCCCUGCCAAGGGCUCUGCCCGGGCUAAGGAGGCCGAGGGGGGUGCUGCCACCGGGGGGCCCAGCCGGGAACAGCUCAAGGCUGACCUGGAUGAACUGGUGGCCGCUGAGUGCGUGUACUGUGGGGAGCUGAUGAUCCGCUCUAUUGACCGGCCCUUCAUCGACCCUCAGCGCUACGAGGAGGAGCACCUCAGUUGGUUGUAGGAAUGUGUCAACCCCGAUAGGCGGGCAGGCGGUCGGGAGCUGUCCCUUCUUGGGAAGGCCACAGCAUCAUCUGUCCUUGGUCUCCUGGAGGCUGCUGGGCUGGGACUGUGGUGGGGGGAGCGGAAUCAUAGCUGUUGUCCUCGAGGGGUGAGCUACGAGUGCAUUCUGCCAGCUGCCCGUGCUGUUCUUCAGGGCUGCCUUAGAGCUGCUAUUUUGCUAGGCCAUCAGCCUGCUUCCCAACAGAGGGCCUUAGCCUGGAGAAGUCAGAAUUCUGACCCCAUUACCAUUCCCCCUGCGUCUAACAGCUCUUUCUUCCUUUUCCCUCCUCACACACAUCAUGUUCUCUUUCUGGAGCACUACCUACCAUUAUUCCUUUUCACUCUGUGGCUCUUCUACUUCAGAAGCCCUCUCUUCUGUCGGCUUCUAGGUCCCACAGGUGAAAAGACAACCCCUCCAAGUCCUGGGCAUGGGGUGGGGGGAAAGGUGGUGCUGAUGGUGGGCAUGCUCUUGUGCACACUGGGGCUCCAGUGUGAGGGGUACCCUGGGGCAGAGGGCCUCACGGAGGACAGUGGGAGAUGGUGAUGGGGUGGAGAGCAUUAAACUGUCUGCACUGGUGA